GAAUAGUGUUAAAAAGUAAAUGUAUAUUUAACGGGGGAAUAAAAGGAGUAUUUAAUUCUUGUAUCCAAGUUGAAUUUUGUAUAACUUUAAAACCACUUCAAAAUUGAGUUAAUCUUGAGAUAUCUAGAGAAUUCUUUGGAGUUCUUAUAUCACACACCAAAUCUUAGUAGCAUUUAACCGACAUUUAAAGAACCAUCCAGAACCUGCUACAAUUAACAAGUUUCAUCCAUAUAAUCACCAAUCAAUUCCUAUAAAUAGCAACCCAUAAUCCUCCUCCUUCAACACCAAAAACAAACAAUCCUCCAUCUAAAUUAAAAAAGCUCAUAAAAACCCAUUUGAUCACUUCUCAAACAUGGCAAAACCAAUAAAAAUCCAACCAUUACUACUCACUACAAUAUUUGUAGGACUCCUAGUCCUCCCAUCCAAAGGGUUAGUACCCUUCACAAGUACACUUUGGGACGGUCUAGAAGACCCAUUUCGCAUUCUAGAACAAACCCCUCUUCCUCUUCCUCUUCCCAUGCCCAAAUCAAACAACCUAAAUCUAGCCUUGCUAGCAAGGGCAGAUUGGAAAGAAACCCAAAACGCCCAUAUAAUAACCCUUGAUAUACCCGGCAUGAAGAAAGAAGAUCUGAAUAUAGAAGUUGAAGAAAACAGGGUGUUGAAGGUAAGUGGAGAGAGAAAAGCAGAGGAGGAACAGGAAGGUGACAAGUGGCAUCGUGCUGAGCGUACAACUGGAAAGUUCUGGAGACAGUUUAGGUUACCGGUAAAUGCAGAUUUGGAUAAUGUUAAAGCUCAUCUUGAAGAUGGGGUAUUGAAGAUUAUGGUUCCAAAACUUGCAGAACAGAAGAAGAAACAGAGUAAGGUUAUUGAUAUUGGUGUUGAUAAGGAUAAGGGUGAUUCUCAAGAUCUUAAACCCACUAGGGUUGAUAUGUAAUAUACAAAUGAACAAGUAAUAAUUGAAAUGAGAGUAUAUGAGGAUUAAUCAAGGGAAUAAAAAUGAAGUAAUAAGUAUGAGUACUAACUACUAAGUGCUUACUAUUAAGUUUAAUAAGUUUUUUUUAUUUUUAUUUUUUUAUGUUUGGUUUUUUCCUUUUUUAGUGGUGCAAUGUAAAUUAUCUUUUUUAUCAAAUCUAGUAGUUUAAUGUAAUAUAAGUUUUUUGUUUUUGUUCUCAA